AUGUCAACUCGCCUUCAAACCCACAACACAUUCUUAUCCUUCUCCUCCUCCAAAUACUACUGCUACUACUACUAUUACUAUUACUAUUCCUACUACUACUUCUACUAUUCCUACUACUACUACUACUACUUCUUCGUCUGCCUGGUAGCUCUUUUUGACCGAGCAUUUGGUGCUUCCGAAAUUGCACAAAAGGUUCACCGGAAGCCUUCUCGUCUAAUUACCCAAAUUGACCUCAGGCCUGACUACCAAUUUGUCUACGAAGAGCCCCAAUCUGCGCGACCACACCAUUAUGCUUGCACGAGUAUGUGA